GAGAAAUAUAGAUGGAGAAAGGGAGGGAAGAAAGAGAAGAAGGGAAGGGAGGAAGAAAGAAAGGAUGCUUUAAUCUGUAUUCAGGCAAUCAGUUCCUUCUCUGUGUAUGGAUGGCAUUUUUCAUAAGUCCUUCAGAGUAGUUAUGGAUCAUUGUACUACAAAGAAUAGCAAAGUCAUUCAUACCUGAUCAUCCCAGAACAUUGCUAUUACUUUGAUUACAAUAUAUUUCAUUUUGCUUGAGUUAAUGGAGGACUUUCCAGGUUUUUCUGAGAGCAUCCUGCUCAUCGUUUCCCAUAGAACAAUAAAAUUUCAUCACGGACACAUAUCACAAUUUAUUCAGCCAUCCCCCAAUUUAUGAGUAUCCCCUCAGUUUCCAGGUUUUUUUUUUUUUUUUUUUUUUUGCCUGAGAAGAGAGCUGCCACAAAUAUUUCUGUACAUAUAAAUCCUUUUCUUUCCCCCCCAACUCUCUUUGGGAUUCCUGCCUGGUAGUAGCAGUUAGGUCAAAGGAUUUGCAUAAAUUUAUAGCCCUUUAGGCAUACAUAGUUCUUUGAAAAAGGAUAAAACUCUCGAGUUAAUGCACUCAAGCCGGCAACCGAGCACUUAAGGCUAAUUGCCCAUUGGACAAUACUCUGUAAGCACAUACUUGGAAAAUGGCCCUCCCACUAUCCUGUGCUAGCUCGAUAAUUGGUGUAUACAGAGAAUUGUAGGCGGGACUAGGGGGAUGGAGGGAGAUUAGCCAGAGGCACUUUGGCAAUAGAGGAAGAAGGAGGUUGUGGAGAUUCUGAAUCGAUCCAAUUCCCUUCUACCUUUAAAGACCAAGACUAAAGACCAAGGACUUUUGCUUAUCCGGACUCCGGCUGAUUCUAAGGUAUCCAGGGGACUAACCCGGACUUCACAGUCCUAACUUUUGAUCACUUAUCACGAAGCUUCUUUGACCCAGCACACAGCAGGCGUUCAAUAAAGAUUUGAUUUGAUUUGCCCCUAAGUUUAAGUUUCCUAAAGACACAGGAUGAAUAAAAGCCUCCCAUUCUCUUAAACGUAGGCGUUUUUAUUACUGCUGUCUGUGGCACUUCAGAUAAAAGGUGACUGUCCCUCAGCUCAGGCGUAACCUUCUUCCAUCCCCUUCCCCGACCCAACCUGUCACCGCAGCCACACCCACAGCAGGCAAGCCCGGCUCGGAGUGAGAGCUGUGUGCAAAAGCGAUAAGGGCAGUGUGCAGAGGCCGGAGGGCAGUGUGCAGAGGGCAUGAAUGGAGAGAACGGCGAAUACAGCAGGCGUGGGUCAAAAUGGGUUGGCCUAGAGCCUCUCGAUGCGCCCUGCCCCUCAACUUGACUCCGCCCCUUUCCCCCUCCCUUUUGGAAAUCUGACGCUGACGCCGAUGCCGUUGCUUAGCGACUCCCCUUUUCCCGAGAUGCCAAAGUUGUUGUUUCCCUCCUGUCCAAUCAGAGGUGCGGGGCGGCGGUGCCUCCGGCCAAUAAGCAGCGAGGUAGAGCCCGCGACGGUUAAACGACACUGGUGGAUCCCGCGGCCUCCUCUCUGGCUCUGCCUGGUGGUUGAGCUUGCGCUCGUGUCUGGUUUUCAGAGGCAGCUGCGUCGGAGCUAUGCCUUCCCGAGUGGAGGACUACGAGGUGCUCUUCACAAUUGGUACCGGCUCUUAUGGCCGCUGCCAAAAGAUACGGAGAAAGAGCGACGGCAAGGUAUUAGUUUGGAAAGAACUUGACUAUGGCUCUAUGACAGAAGCUGAGAAACAAAUGCUUGUCUCUGAAGUGAAUUUGCUCCGUGAACUGAAACAUCCAAAUAUUGUUCGCUAUUAUGAUCGUAUUAUUGAUAGAUCCAAUACAACACUUUAUAUUGUAAUGGAAUAUUGUGAAGGAGGGGAUCUGGCUAGUGUUAUAACAAAAUGCACCAAAGAAAGACAUUACUCAGAUGAAGAUUUUGUUCUUCGUGUAAUGACCCAGCUGACCUUGGCCCUAAAGGAGUGUCAUAGACGAAGUGAUGGUGGCCACACUGUGUUGCAUCGGGAUCUGAAGCCAGCUAAUGUUUUCCUGGAUAGCAAGAAAAAUGUUAAACUUGGAGACUUUGGACUGGCUAGGAUAUUAAACCAUGAUACAAGUUUUGCAAAAACAUUUGUUGGCACACCUUAUUAUAUGUCUCCAGAACAAAUGAAUCGUAUGUCCUAUAAUGAAAAGUCUGAUAUCUGGUCUUUAGGUUGCUUGCUGUAUGAAUUGUGUGCCUUAACGCCUCCUUUUACAGCUUUUAGCCAGAAAGAAUUAACUGAAAAGAUCAGAGAAGGAAAAUUCAGGCGAAUUCCAUAUCGUUACUCAGAUGAGUUGAAUAAUAUUAUUACCAAGAUGCUAAAUUUGAAGGAUUACUGUCGACCAUCUGUUGAAGAAAUUCUGGAAAACUCUUUGAUAGCAGACUUGGUAGCUGAAGAGCAUAGAAAAAAUCCUGAGAAGAGGGGACGACGAUCAGGAGAGCCAGAAAAGCUGCAGAAUUCAGGCCCUGCAAUGACAGAACUGAGACUCAAGGAGCUACAAUUGCAGGAGAGAGAGAGAGCCAUCAAAGCAAGAGAAGAAAGGCUAGAACAGAAAGAACGUGAACUUUGUGUCCGGGAGAGACUUGCAGAAGACAAACUCAUCAGAGCUGAAAAUUUGUUGAAAAAUUACAAUCUGUUAAAGGAACAGAAGAUCUUGGCAUUGGCAAAUAGCCCAGAAUCACUUGAUUUCCCCUCAUCUCUCACGAAGAAGAAAGUUCACUUCAAUGGGGAAAGUAAAGAGAAUGCCCUCAGUGGUGAGAAUUCUGAGAAUUAUCCCACUAACAAGGCCAAGAACAGAGACUUGAAGAAGAGACUCUAUGCUGCUCAGUUGCGUGCACAAGCCCUAUCAGAGCUGGAAAAAAACUACCAGCUGAAAAGCAGACAGAUUCUGGGGAUGCGCUGAUCCCUGCUGUUCAAGACUGUGCAGUAUUUGAAAUUGUGGCCAUGGUAGAGAUUGAUAUUCAACAACUCUGUCUUGGAUAUACCUGGUUCUGUGAGCCAUGUCCUUGUUUUAUCAUAUCAAAAUACUUGGGAAGUUUUUUGAUGUUCUUCAGGUUUCUAAAAACUGGAAGCCAAGAACAAUAGAGAGAAAUGACACUUGCUUUGAUUGAAUUUUUAAUACUCUGUAUAUUAGAAAUAGCUUUGGUGAUAAGUGCAUUGCUAAACCUUAAAACAUAAAAUAAUGUUAAAGAGAAAGUGAAAAGUUUUAUGAGUGUAAUUUACGCAAAGAGUAUCUCUCAUCUAGAUUAUGCUUAAUAUGCCUGAAACGUGUGCAUGGAAGGGCUCUUUUACCCUGAACUCAGUUUUUUGAAGAAUUUUAACUAAUGAGAAAAACUUGAGAAUUUGAUUCUGUUUCAUAAAUGGGUCAUGGACUAUAUUGUGCUUUAUCCAAAACCUCCCUUUGAUUUUAAAUAAGUGGGAGAUUUUUGUAGAAAAAUCCUAUACAGGUUGUAUUAUAUAAAUUCUGUACUUUGAAACUAUAGUGUUCUAUAAUUCCUCUCUGACUUUCUGUACUAUCUAGCAGCAACGAGAAAGAGCUAUUUUCUACCCAUCUUCUUCAUCACUAAAUAAAGUGUUCUGGAAUUUUCUUA